AUGUUCAAAGGCUUUGACGUUCGCGUCUGGCCUUCGCGCCUCGUCGUUCGCUACUUUGUGGUCUUCGUCGUACUCGCCUUCCUCUUCACCAAUUACUACCUCUGGUCCGACUGGCAGACGUGGGAUGUCGAUAGCUAUCAACCGCCCUCGGGCCCCGGGGUGGCACAGCACCCGAUCAAGAAGCUCAUGAAGGAUGCUCGUGCCCGUCACAACGAGCAGUUGUCCCGCAGGAGUCUCGACGUGGCAACUGCAGCGGCCAGGUAUCGAGAAGCUCGUGGGAGGCAUCCCCCUCCCGGGUUCGACCUCUGGUUCCAAGCUGCGCUGGACACGGAUGCGGUGAUUGUCGAAGACUUCUUCGAUCGUAUAUACAAGGACUUGACGCCGUUCUGGGGCAUGGACACAAAGAUGGUCCGUGACAGGGCACACUCAUGGCCAUGGGUUGUGAGGGUUCGGAACGGCACGGCCCACGGUGACGGCGAUGUCGAGGGUCGAGUGCCAUGGUUGCAGCUCUGGACGGGGUUGGUGGGAGAAUUCGCCGAGGGGAUGCCCGAUGUCGACAUGCCCAUCAACUACAUGGACGAGCCCCGGCUUCUCGUCCCUCACAAUCAGAUCGCCAAGUUGGUGGCGAAGGAGGCCAAAGAGCGCAAGAUGCCAGACGCCAAGGAUGUGAAGAGAGAAUACCAAGGCCUGGCUGCUGUGGAUGAAGCCAAGCCCAAACUAUACGAUCCCCGGUGGUACGGCUUCUCAGACUCGGACUAUUGGUCUCUUGCCGCGAAGACGUGCGGUCCGAACACGCCAGCCUACGGCGUGAAAGCCGAAAAGGACUUCUCGAAGCCCGCCGAGUUUCCUAGUCACUACAAGCCCAGCUACGUCGAGGAAGGCUACAUCCUCAAUUGGACCUCCGCCAUGGACCCCUGCGAGCAGCCUCACCUACGCCAACUUCACGGUAGCUUCGUCGAGCCCGUCAGCAUGUCCUCGACGGACGAACUCAUCCCGCUCUUUGGUGGGUCAAAGCUACCAAUGAAUAACGAGAUUCUCAUCCCUGGUGCCAUGUACCUGACAGACGACGAGUUCUACUCAGGUGGCGAGUCUCAUGGCCCGCAGUGGCACUGGAAGAAGACAGCGGCUAUCUGGCGCGGAGAUGCCUCGGGCGGUCGCGCAAAGGCACACACCUGGCACCACUUUCAUCGACACCGUCUAGUUGACAUGCUUAACGCGACGACUGUGUCCACAGCCGAGGCUUCGGGCAAGCGCCCAGUGACAUUCGAGCCUCCUGACACAAGCAUAUACUCCUCCUCCCGCGCGGAGAGCAAGGAGCUUGGGAAAUGGCUUGGAACUUUUGCCGAUGUCGGCUUCACCUACUUGUGCCCUCCGGGGCAGUGCGAUUAUCUCACAGACUUUUAUCACGUAGUCGAGCGGAUACCGAUGAAGACGCAGUACACGUACAAAUUCCUGCCCGAUGCUGAUGGUAACUCGUUCAGCGCGCGAUUCAGAGGUUUCAUGCGAUCGACGAGCGUUCCGCUCAAGGCCACCAUUUACGCAGAAUGGCACGACGACCGGCUCACACCCUGGGUCCAUUUCAUCCCACUGGACAACACCUACCGCGACCUCUACCCGGUGCUAGAGUUCUUCGGCGAUGGCCCUGGCGGCCAGGGCGAUGCUGCCGCUCGUUUCAUCGCCGAGAAGGGUCGGAUCUGGGCGGAACAGGUGCUGCGACGGGAGGACAUGAAAUUGUACGUCUGGCGCUUGCUGCUCGAGUGGGCGCGCGUGUGCGACGACGAGAGGCACGCACUGGGCUACGUUGACGAUUUGUUGCUGUGA